AGAAUCCGAUUCGUGUGCGAGAGCAGACAGGUCCAAAUCAUCAUCCUAUGAGCACAUGAGACCGUCCAAGAGAUCAACACACACACUCUCCUAUGAGACACUCACUCAAUCCAAGAGAUCAACACACACACUCUCCUAUGAGACACUCACUCAACUACCUUAACUCCUCAAAAAUGGCCCAUUGCACACACCGCGAGAGCGCACACACACACACACAUGCUGUACAAACCACCACAGAAGCUGCCUCCGUCAAAUACUUCGUACCUAUACCCCAGCACCGACCAUCCAUCUCACAUCAACCGACAUAUCCCUCCCUCCCUCCCUCCCUCUCUCGCUGACUCGACACGUCGGUCACCUGGACUUGGGUGAGAGCGUCUUGAACUCAUAGGCCAAUGGAUCGUCCAGAUUGUCUAUCUCAAGCCCCUCAGGCUCGUCCUUUUCCGCCCUUCUCGCAGUCGGCGAUUCGGGCUUGUCCGGCUUCUCCACUUGAGGGAAAAAACUGGUCGGAGUCACGGCCGCAAUGUGCGCCGGUGUGGGCCCCAUCGACAUGACACCGGUAGAGAAACGAUGGCCCCCUACAGCGACCCCUACAGGUGUUUGCCCGAUCGGCGGCAUGUCAUUCUCCUCCUCCACUCCGCCAUGGUCGGUGUCCUCCUCGGGGGCGGUGAUCCUGAUCUUCUCGGGGGAGAGGCCGUCAGUUCUGUGCUCAUAGGGGGGCAUUGGGGGUAGCACCUGCAGCUCGGGGCUGGCCGCUUUCUCGAUGUCCUCGUAUGUCUCUCCACCGAGGGUUUGGUAAGCCUUUGGCGACCUGGGCGGCGACGAGCGGAUGUCGAUGUGGUCGGCAGUGUGCGGGUGCGGGAUCUCUGCCGAUGACCGUGACUUGAUCCACCUCCUGUAGCAGAACCACCCCACCACAGAGACGAGCAGUAGAGCCCCGACCACGCAGAAGAUGACAACCAGGGUCGUUAGCUCCUCAUCCUUGCCGCCGUCCUUGUCGACGCCGCUCCCGUCAGGGGGAGGGACGACGAUGGCGCCACUGUCGCCGACCACGAGGACAGGGUUUGGAGGGCCGAAUAAGGGGCCGAGCGCUAAAGGGGAGGGGCCCGGGAGGAAGCCAUCACCCUGGAGGCUCCUGCUGCUUGUAUGAAGCGCUCGACGGCUGAACGCAGAGAACAGCACAGCCAGAUCGCCGUUCGCGUGCUGCCGAUGCAGACUGCUCCCAUUCGUCCUCACCUGGCGGGGCAGUCGACGCCGCAGAAGGGGUCGAGACACAUGGUGAUGUCGCAUGUUAGGUAGACAGUGGUGUAUCCCGAGAAGGUGAACGAGUGUGUCGAGGCCCACGACCACAUCUGCAUCGAGUGGUGCUCCCACGCUGCCACAUUCGGGAUCGGCGCACAGUGCUCCUCUAACUGUGAAGGGGUCAAGGGGUGGGUGGUGAAUCAGGCACAUGCCAUAUGCAAGAAAGAAACAAAGGGUGAAGGAUCAGAGCAAGAAGUGCCUUCGGCUUGCCAUGGUGAAUGUGUUCGGCGAUUCAACGACGCUUUUGUCCACGGGGUCAGCCACACACCUCUUGAACACAGGAUAAAAGCCACUAGCCUGCACACACACACACACAAAACGGAUUGCUCCGGAACUUUCGCCGAUCGGUAGUCUGUGUGUGUCAAAAGACUUGACGUACGGUUGUUUCCGCUCCGUAGUAGUAUUUGGUUUGUGACUUGUCGCCGUACUUGUAGAGCGCCCCCUGCCCACCACCCGAGCACGUCGGGUCCGCACAUAUGUGGAAGAGCACCUUGAAAGUGCCGCGGUCCUCUACGAAGAUGAUGUCUGGGGAUGGAUAGACAGACAGCCACCAACACAAACGGGAUUGUUCCCGUUCGUCUCUCCCUGUCUACUCUCUCUCUUUGUGUCUCUCCGACAAGGAUGACUGACCAGGGUCGGGCAGGUCGGUCUCAUUGAGGGUGUCGUUGUACCAGUGACCGCCGUCCCAUGCCGAGUCGCCUCCCGUAUUGUUGGUGUUGUUGUACAUGGGGUCCACCCUCGUGGUGAAGUUCCACUCGUGCGGCUCCACCUCUUCCGACGGCAGCUUCUUCUCCAGGCCCAGGAAAGCCCCUUCUACGAUCGUGACGUUGUAGAGGAUGGAGUAGUUCAGGGGGGCAAUCUCGCACAUGACCAUUGUCGGGGGAUUGCCAUACCGGCACUGACAGACAGACGGACAGAGAGGGACAGAUGGGUGAUAUCUCUGUCUGUCUGUCUGUUUGUCUGCUUUGUACGGUGGAUGUGUCGGUUGCGUCCACUUCGACAUCAGAGACGUUGGUGUUGUUGGCCAUGAGCCUUAUGGUGCCCUCAUCGGGACUUGCCGGCCGCUUGCCAGGCACGACAGGGUCGUCCAGCACGACCACCAGCACAGUGGCGAUGCUCACGUUCUUCUCGUUGACCUUGGGGUACACCAAGUCCAGCAGCACCUGCGGGGCCAGGGGGUCGAAGGGGUAAGCGAUGUCGACGGUGGUGAACUGCCAGUUGAGGGGGCCUGGUGAAUUGGGCGUCCAAUCGUUGCCCUGCCUGUCAGUGAUGACUCCGUCGGCGAUGCUGACUUCGUGGAGGGUGUUAUCGAGCAUGGGCACCAGAGAUAUCGUCACGGUCCUGCCCGCAAACUUCACCUGAGACACGAGAAUGAGAGGUAAGAGCCGAGGUGCUGGCUGGGUGGGUGCUGUAUGCCUGCCUGCUCACCUGGUUUGGAUCGUUGAUGUCGACGGCGAAUGAUUGGUCGAAGGGCAGGCCGGGAUUGUUGACCUGUGAGGCGGUCACCCGCACCUCACCCUCACCGGGCGCCACAUCCUCGUCAAACAUAAUCACCUGCAAUCAACCAGGCAAGUAACACAAAGCCUGUUUGACGCGGACUUCUCUUGUGUCGUCACCGACCCACCAGGCUUGUCCCGAUGACCGGCACAUCCGUCGCACCAUCCGAGGGCAAGUACACCACGGCGUUGGGCCCGUCGUUGUCUUUUUUUGCAGCCGUGCGGAAGGUCCACUUGUAGCUGGCGGCCUGGUUGCCCGAAUAGUCGACGAAGAGGCCUUCUUCCAUCCCCACCCGGAUCUCUUUAUCACCCGGGAAGAAGCGAAGAGGGUUGAUCACCACCGUUGCACCAAUUAUCUGCCGCCAGCCACGCCGGAGACGCAGAUGCAUACGUUCGUGCAUGGUAAUAAAACCGGCAUCAGUGGGUCUUGUUACCAUGUCGUUAGUGACUGGGAGGACUCGCGCGUCCACGAAGUCGCCGUUGGUCCUCUCCUCGACCGUGAGGGCAGCCGGGUAGGUUAGAGGGGAGCUCGAUACGCGGACGUCCUCAUUGAACACCAACACUGCAACCAAUCAAACAAGUGAGGGGCAACAUACGAAGUACUGCAUCAGCGUACCCACUGACACAUCCGUGGGCACAUUGACGGAUUGCUUCUUCGGUCUGAGAAGUUCCUCUAUCAGUUGUGGCGGGGUCUUGUCCGGAUUGUCAGGUGUCUCGAAGUCGAUCUCCUCUCCGCCGUUUGGAUUACCGGCCUCGUCCUCGACAGUGCCGUUGCCGAUGGUCACCUUGCAGUCCGACAAAGGCGGCAGCGGCUCCGGCGGACAUAUCAGCAGAUACUCACCCUCAAUCCUCACCUGACACGAGCACAGAGAGAGAGAGACAGCAUAAAGCGACAGAGACACACCCUGUGGACGAUCUUACUGUCUCGUCGUUGACAGGGAAAGUGAGGGUGAAGUCGGGAAUGCAUAUGAUGGUGAUGGGUGGGGGGUUGUCGGAGCCCGUGAGUGUUUCCACCAGGUCGGGCUCGUAGCUGAAUGGAGGCGGGAUGAUGCAGUACGGGGGUGGGGGGAACGUGUUCCCGGGGUCAACUGGCGGGAACGGAGGCUUUGGGUACUUGCCAACUGUGGCAUCACAUACACACAGAUACAAUGAAUGCCAUCCCGGCAGUCCAGCCUCUUUCUCUCUCCGCACUCACUGUCUUCGGGGUCGCCGGUGGUGGGCCCCUGCUCGUCCGUUUGCACGCCAGUGUAGAAGACAUAGUCGCUGAAUAGGAUCUGGCUGCCAUCGUGCGCCGUGACCGUGGCGGUGAAGAGGUCGAAGCCGGCUCCGUUAGUGCCUUCAAUGGCCCCCGAGCUGAAUGAUGCGGAUAUAUUGGACAGCUGGGGGAAGUGAAGGGGCGGCUUGAUGACCAGAAGGGGGCCUGACACAUACGCCUGGCAGCACACACGCAAACAAGUGACUGCGUGGGUGUGGAUGAGUUAGUGGUGGGCGAGAUCACCAUGGAAGGGUCUUCCAAGUCAAUGAUCUGGCCGCCGGUCGGUUGCCCGUCUUCCAUAUUGGAAAAAUAGAACUGCGCCCCCGGCGUGACGACUAUGUCCCGGUCAAAAGUGAUACUCACACUCGUUGACACAGACACGUCAGGUUCCAAUGGCCGCGGCCGCAGGCUGCUGACGGCAGGUCGGGGGAAGUCUUCAGUGAUCAGCGUAUUGCUGUCGAACUCCUUCUCGAAGGCGGCGUUGGGCAACCCAUCAGGAUUCUGUAGAGAUGGCCGGGCAAGGAUCAGCAAGGAUGACGGGUUCUGAUAUUUGCGUGCCUUGUUCCUUCCCACGCACCUGAACGAGUCCCUCUGGAGCCUUGAGUGUGAAGCUGGUGUCGGAAGGCAAUAUCGUCGGGGGAUCUAGAAUCACCGUCGUCCCCACUACGAUCACCUAAGUGACCAACAACACGCCAGGCUGCACACGACACACACACAUACACAUGUCUCCCACCUACCUGUUCAGGAUCGGUGAGGUCCAUCACAAUGGGUUCCUUGGUGGGCGGAUCAGGCCCAGUGGGGACAAUGACCACUGUCUGGCCGUCGCCCCGCUGCACUGGCUGGUCGAACUCGAGUAUGACGCGGUCGUUCUCGGGAUCCACGCGGAUGCCGACGAACUGCGGGGGGUUGCCGUAGACUGAUGGGGCGACUGUGGUAAAGGUCCACUCUUGGCCUGGAGGGUCGGGGCCGAAGCCGCCGAAGGGGUUGUCGUUGGGGUCGGUGAUGGUGUUGGCCGGAAGAAACACUUCAUACUGAUAAACAGGGAGAAGAGUGGCAUUUGUGUGUGUGCGUUUGAAGUAGCGCCCACUUUGGUUCCAGAUCUGAGUGGCUCCGGCAGGAUGAUCUUCAGCAGGACAUCGUCGGCCAGCAGGCUCACGCCCGUCGCCAGCACGCCCCUUUCAACCAGGGGCACCUCUAUCACAUGUCUCCCAUCAGUCGCCACCACCAGCAGGACACCGCCAACAACCUCCACCUUCUCGGUGAAGAUGACAUUCAGGUCCACCUCAGUCGACACAUCCACAGACCCAUUCGCAGGCAAGAUGGCCGUCACGCCGGGGUUCGUCUCAUCGUCCGGUCCGCCUUUCUCUGGCGUGGUCAGGUUGUCCUCCCCCGUUGGGAACUCGAUGUCCUUUUCGGGUGUCUCGUUGCCAUUCUCGUCCUCGCCCGUGCACGCCGGAAGCUUUACGAUGAUCUGGCUGUUUGGCGGCAGGGGCUCAGGGGGAAUGAUGACGAUCGUACUGCCCUCGAUUAUCACGUGGUUGCUGUCAUUGAGGGGGAUCUCUAUGUAAGGCUGACCGGGGGGAGUCUGUAUGAUGAUCUUGCCGUCGUUGACACAGGGCAGGAUGGGCUCGGGGAUGGGAAUGACGAUAGGGGCGUCUGGCGGCACGUCCGUCCCGUCCCUGGGCGGAUAGGUGCCGCCGGUGUCGAUCGGGGGUGCCUCUGUGUCCGACUGGCCGGAAGUGGUGAACGUCAUAUCGAAGGCAGCACUCACUGUGGCGGGAGAUGUCUCAGUAAGAGCGACGAAGGCCUCGGCGGGGAGAUUGAACUGGUAGUUUGUGCUGGGCUUGAGGUCUCUGGGGGGGUCGAUGAUCACCGUCUUGUCCACGACCUGAGACACAUUGCACUGGCGGUCGACGAGAGGCAGGUGAGCGACGUUCCCUGUCUUUCUCACCAGGACAGAAAUGAGGGGCACCUCCAGUGUGUCGCUGGCAGGACUCAGAGGCACAAAUUGCACCACCCCCGGGGGGUCGGUGGAGACUCCAUCCGACCCCGCCAGCCGGUUCAGGGCCACAGGCAUGGAGUAAUGCAGCAGCACAUUGGUCGUCACAGCCACAUUCUGGUCUUCGUUAGCAGGGACGGUCAGCACGGGCUCGAAUGGAUCCCCCGUGGCUUCAGGCGGCGUGACGACGGUCGUGAACUGCCACACUGCCUGCUCGUUUGACGAGAUCCCCUCCACCGACUUGACCGCCCCGAGUGGCACUGUCACUGUGUACGUUGUGCCGGCGGCGAAUGGCGCCGAGGGCGUGAUGACCAGCACAUCGAAGAGCGCCUCCGCGUGCCCGUCGUCAGAGUUGCCUUCUUCGCCGAUUCUGAUGUAGAAUCUUUUCUUGUCGGCUGAGGGGGUCGACGGGACGAUGCGGAUCUCCUCCAGGGGAGUGCCCAGAAGCACUCUUAUGUCAUAGGUGACGACGAGGGGCGUGACCAGCGGCGCGUUUUCACUGUCGGGCAGGGGUGUGAAGCCUACUGCUUUUGGGGCGGUCAAGUCGAGUGGUCGUUGUGUGCGGAACGAGUAGGUGUUGGGUGGAAGCGGCUCGCUAGGGUUGCCGUAGGGGUCGGUGAGGAGACCCGGGGGGAACUGCAGUUCAAUGUCAGUGACACUGGGGUAGGCCAGCGAGGGCGCAAUGAACAGAAGAUUGUCAGAGAUGGACACCUGCAGCAACCCACACAGAGUCGCGGGCGAGUGAGUGGGGCCUGCUCUUCCAGCACCCCAUCGAUCAGCACGUGUCACCUGUUGCUGGUCGUGUAUGUCGAUGGCGAUCGAGAAUGCGGCGCCAGGCCUCUUGUCAUAAAUGAAGAUGCUGCCCCUGCCGCGUACGAUGGGUUCGUCGAAGGGGAACAUGAUGUCGUUUUGCGUCAUUGCCACGAUGCUGCCGCGCCGGGGGAUGGCCAGCUGCGGCAGAGGCACGGGGCCCUUGUCAUCCACCGUCCCCUCAAAGGUGAAUCGCCAUUCGAAAGACCUGUGUGUCCAUGCAACGCAGAAAAGGAGAUCCACGCCACCCUGGUGGUGUCUCUCUCUCACUCACUCCUGUUCCCAGAUGUUGCCGGCCUCGUCGCGAAUGAGCCCAUAGGGGAUGUCCACCCUGUACUCGGCCAGCGGCAGCAGCACCCUGCUCUCGGGGAGGAAGAACCGCACGUCAUUGUCCAUGACCCAGUAGAACGACGGGUCGUUGGGGAUGACCACAACCGGGCCUCCGGCAGUCAGGGGCGUCAGCGUGAUGGCGGCGUUGGACGCUGCCACGACGAUGGGCUCGUCGAACCGCAUCUGGAUCAUGUCCAGUGCCAGCAACACGCCCGUCUCCUCGUGAUCAGGAGCCAACGCACUCACACCCACAUCGCGCUCUGUAACAAGCCAACCAUCCAGUGAUGGACGGACGUGUCUCUGCCUGCCUGCUGCUGCCCACCGAGGUCGGGCGGAGUUGUAUCGUCGUUUGCCUUUGUCGUGAAGCUGAAGGUCUCAACUUUCGGUGAGAGGUUGCCCGCGGGGUCCUUGACGAGGCCGGGUGGGAGGACCACAGUGAUGAGCUGAUCGGGGGGGAAGGCGAAGGGCGGGGAUAUCGUCAGCACGUUGCCCGCGAUGCUCAUGAUCUUGUUCAGGAGACUCUCGAGAAGGUCCAGGAUCAGGGAUGGGGGGUCGAGGCCCACAGAGGGCUGCAGCGCACGACCUACAACACCAUGCAACACAUACGGAGGGACACACGUCAUUGUGUACAUGCGGGAGUGCAUAUGGUGUGUCCCACUUACUUCUGCGUGAGAUGGGUUCUGGUUUGAACACGAUGUUGCCCUGUGCCGGCAGAAUGGGCUCGCUGAAUGGCAGGAAGAGGCUCGUCUUGGGGUCCACGUCCACACUGCCGUCCCGCGGCACCAGCUCGUUGUACAAUAGAUAUGGACCGCUGCAACCGAUUUACCAAAACCAAACCAUGUCACCCUUUCCACUCGCCAGCUCACUCACCUAUUAUCAAUGUCCCCGUCAGCAGUGGUGAACCGCCACCUGACCGCCGCAGCAGCGUUGCCCACGGUGUCUGCCACAGCGGCCUCGGUGAGCAGCACCUCAUAGACCAUGUUGGGCAGCAGCCUCUUAAGAGGGACGACCAGGGCGGCCCCCAGGACCAUCAGAGGCGAUAUCACCACCUGGAAAGAUUCCUCCUCGCUGGACAGGCGCAGCUGAUACACACACAAAUGAAGGAUGGGAAAGGCAGAUGUCUCGGCUCCGCGAGGGAUGGGAAUGUCCGCUCACCGCUCCGCCGUUUUCGCGUAUUUCUUCGUUGAAUACGAUGAGCACGUCUGAGUCGAGUGUGACGUUCUCUGCCUCAUGUGGCGGUGACAGCAGCCGCACCUCUGGCGGCUCCCUGUCGGCCUCCACACAACCCUCCGCAAACCCCUUGUACCAAAGGUAGAUCCAGUCACCUGCAGACACAUACACACACAGUUAAGAAAAGCCAUAUCUAUCUGGGAUAAUGGCGUGUUUCCGAGGAAGAACCAUCGAUCUUGCACACGUGUGCUGGCUGCUAUACCUACCUUCGUUUGCGACUGGUUUGAGGUCAGGGUCGGUGUAGACAGGGUCGCUGCCGGCCUCCUGCAGCACCCGCAGGCCCGUCUCAGAGUUGAAGAGACAGAACAAUGCCUGCAUCCGAGACACGUCCACCCCAGCCGCACAGAUGGUAGUGUCGGUGAUCUCAGCCGGACACCUGAUAUGCAUGUAAUCAACACCAACACCCAUCCUUGAACGGCGUUUGUCAUGUCUCUGCGGCAGUCACUGACCGACCUUGGGUCACGGUCUUCGCCUGGUGGGGUCUCCUGCAUGGACGGCAGCAAGGCCUCGAGCAGGACAGUCCCCUCGCCGGGCGCGGCGUCUUGCGGCUGGAGGUAUAGCAACGGCUGCGGCCGUGUCUCCAGGAUCGAGUAGACCUCCACUGCGAUCACUAUCGAAAAAUUCUGCAGGUUCGUGCCUGUUCGUUGGUUGGGCGAUAGGGGAGAGGGAGACAUGACAGACACCCAUGGGACCCGAUGUAUGUCUGCAGUUGUUUGUGUGAGCAAACGUACCUUACCUUGACCGUAGGGUAUCAUGAAUGCACUCUCCUCGCAUCCCUCCAUGAUGAGCCUGCCGUCGUCUAGCCUCCCCGUGCAGUUCAUGGGGGCGUCCCAGGGCGACUUGUCCUUGCAGUCCUUGUCGAAAUCCCACGAUCCACCGGGGUCGGGCGGCAAGUCUGCACACACCAAGAGACAGAGAUGGUGUGGUUGGUGGUGAUGUGUGCGGAUGUGGAUGAGGAUGAGGAUGUGUGUGUGGGUGUACAUCAUGGCGUGCCUGGUAUGGUGACAUUGGCCUCGUUGUCGAUCUGGACGGUGAGCGAGACGUCAUAGCUCCCCUGGUAGUAGCACCUGGCCGUGAUGGCCGGCGGUGACUCAGCGCCUCCGAAAAUGGGUGUGCCGGGCGGGAUACUGCCGAUACAACAAACAAGCCACACAAUGUCAUGUGUGCAUGCGCUCAUUAUCAUGACUAUUCCGCUUACGCCGCCACAUUCUCGAUGGUGAUGACGCUCGUGGCGUUGUCCUGGGAGAUGGUGCUCCCACAUGGGUUUGUAACCGACUGUCCGUCGACAGUAGCCUCAAGCGGGGCGAACAAACACUUCUGCUGUACGCCCUGUGGGGAUGUCCGUGUGACCGACUUGCAGACAUCAUACUCAGUGGAAGUGCCGCCCUCCCAGUACCAGUCGUGUGCUCCCGAGCUGGCCAGGGGGAGGCACAGCUGCAUGCCGUCAGACAAGCAGUCGGGCUUUAUCGCACUCCACACCGGCGGGCCGCGACACACACCCAGCAAGCAGCACACGAGGACGCAUGUGAGAAGAGGGGAACGCCGCAUCUUUCUGCUGCGGCUGCUGAGGGGGGUCGAGUUUGCACGGGUAAUGGAUGACGAAGGCGCUGCAGCCGAUGAUAUCUUUCGCCAACGUUCGCUUUGCGCG